CAAUUCUUCUCUUAACACAACAGUCGACCCUAACCCAACUUUUUACGGCGUUUAAAGCAUUUGUUUAUAACAGUUUAAGGAUUAAUUUUGGAUUAACAGUGAAAUUUCCAGAGGAUAAAUUAAGGGCUUCUUGAGACUUGAGACCGGUGGCCUUUUACUUCUCCUGCUCGGCCUGCAACAUGUAUUCAGUGCUCUGCAAAAAAGACAAUGCCCAUGACGAAAGCAUAUGGACGUGUGCAUGGGGCAGAUAUUUACCGGAGAAAAAACCUAAAGAACCCGACGCCCCAGGCGGAGACGAUGAAAAAUCAAGAGAUUCAGUUAUGUCUGACGACGCACCGGCUGAAUACAUCAUAACAGGCGGUGUGGAUGAUUUAGUUAAGGUAUGGGACUUGCAUGAGGAUAAACUGGAGUUGAAACACACUCUGGAAGGACAUUCGUUAGGGGUGAUUUCGGUGGCAGUCAGCAACAAUGGAAAACUAUGCGCGUCCAGCUCUCUGGAUGCCUCAAUGAGAAUAUGGGACUUGGAGAAAGGCGAGAAAAUUGCCAAUGUUGAUGUAGGGCCAGUUGACCUGUGGACAGUGGAAUUUAGUCCCGAUGAUAAAUAUAUCAUAUCUGGAAGCCACUCGGGGAAAAUCUCCCAGUAUAGCGUGGAAAAUGCCAACACAGAACUUCCGUUUGAUACCAGGGGAAAGUUCACUUUGAGUGUCGCUUAUAGCCCUGAUGGAAAGUACAUUGCCAGUGGAGCCAUUGACGGUAUUAUCAAUAUCUUCGAUGUGGCUUCAAACAAAUUGUGGCAUACCUUGGAAGGCCACGCUAUGCCCAUUAGAUCUCUGUGUUUUUCGCCGGAUAGUCAAUUGCUACUGACGGCUUCUGAUGAUGGUCAUAUGAAGCUUUAUGACGUCCAACACACGAAUCUGGUGGGAACUAUGUCCGGACACGCCUCCUGGGUAUUGGGCGUAGCUUUUUCGCCCGAUGGCAACAAUUUCGUGUCGGGAAGUUCGGAUAAAACCGUCAAAGUUUGGGAGCUCAAGAGCAGACAGUGUGUGCACACUUUCAGCGAACAUACAGACCAGGUUUGGAGCGUGAAGUAUAGUCCAGACAGCAGCAAGAUUCUUUCAGUGUCCGAGGAUAAGAGUAUCAUCGUUUACGGUUGUCCCAAGUCCUAAGCGUAUCGGAGAUUUUAUUUCAUUGUUUUUAUCAA